AAGAAUUCGCUGGAGGAAUCUUCUGGCCACUACCAUUCCAUUACCACACCACCACCAACUUUUGAUUUCAUAAUUUUCACAGUUUUUACAUUUUUUCAUAAUUUUCACAGAUUCACAGUUUUUAUAAUCGCUCCAUUAUUGUUUGAAUAUACGCAAUUGACAAAUAAAUGGUUAUAGUUAAUAAUGGUAAAUAAUUUUCAAGAAAUAAGUAUUCUUAUUAAGGGAAUAAUUUUGAUCAAGCUGCUCCUGCCAUAGCCAUUUGAAUCUGAACCACUUUGCAGUUUACAAAUACAAACUAACCUAUAAAUGACAUGAAUAAUUUGCAAUCAGAGUUUGAGUUAAUAAUAGUUUUAAUUUAGUUUUAUACGUAUCAACAAUACUUCAAGUGCUGAAAUUAUAAUAUUUUCCGUUACCUCAUUCAAUUAUUUAAAAUUUUGUCCUUUGGAUACUUUCUAAUCUGCUUAAUUUUGUUCCUAAUGUUAUGAUGUUUUAUCUAGUGCAGUUAUAUAGUUUGAAAUCUUUCAAAUAAUAUUGGUUUAUACAUGUUUAUUGAUUAUUUUUAAAGCCUUUUAAUAUAAUAAAUCUAAUUAUUGGAAUGUCGGCCGAAACAAGUCAAGUCAGCUCCUUACCAUUACCCCCAGUUCAAUAUGUAAGCAACUAUACUGAUGAAAAUAUUCGAAGAGGGAGGGCCCCAAGACCUCCACCACCAAUACAUGAUAAUUAUUCUAUGUUUGGAAAUCCUUUCAAUGCGGAUGAUACUAUUAUUCGACCAUUGGAAAGUCAGGGAAUCAAAAGAUUAUAUCCCCAACACUUUGAUCGACGAAGAGAGCUGCGCAAACUCAACCAUUCACUGUUGGUGAAUUUUCUCGACCUGCUUGACCUGCUGGUCAAGUGUCCGGAGAGCCCAAGACGUGCUGAAAAAGUUGAAGACCUCAGUUUGUUGUUCAUUCACAUUCACCACCUGUUGAAUGAGUUUCGACCCCACCAAGCACGCGAGACUUUGCGUGUGAUGAUGGAGCAACAGAAACGUCAACGAAUAGAAACGGCUCAGCGAUUCCAAAAACACCUCGAUAAGGUUAUGGAAAUCCUGCAGCAAGCCCUUCAUAGUUUACCGGAUGCCUCAGACCUGGACUCCAAGUUGAUGGUGCCUUGUGAAUCGUUCGAGAAAAUGGACUCCUCCGAUCAGGAUGACGCAAACAGUGACGCUUGCAAUCCCCUCGACAGAUUGAUGUGCCAAAUCGUCGAUGCUUUAUAAGUGUAACAGGCCAAAGUGAAAUAUCCUAUUUGAAUAAAACAAUAACUGACCAAAAGUGAAGAAAACUGCAAACCUUAUCAUGCUAUAUUUUCAGUUGAAAAAACUCGAUUUGCUAGUGUGUUUUAAUCACUAAUGAGCUGCUGGACAUUGAUAUGGUCUUCCAUGAGUUUUUAUAUUAUAUAUGAAAGUGAAAGCCAUGGUAAAGUACAAAAUUGAUAAAUAGUUGUAAGGCAGUUGGUAUGGAACUAAUUUUGUUCUCAAUUGUAAGAGGAACAUGAUGAAUAAAUAUAAUACAUAACUUGGUA